AUUCCACCUCUUGCUUGAGAAAGCAUCGCAUGAUUGCUGAACAAGUACAUAGAGCGAAAGCACAACAUGCUGUAGAUUCCCUAUGAUGUCAUACCUGACAGAAACUAAAUGAAAUCGCUUUCGUGUCAAGGCGUAGUUCCCUGUUUCGGCCUCUUAUCUAAAGUCGCGCUCUGCUACAGACCAAGAUGUUACGCAGCUACCUGUUUCUUCUGGGGGUCAUCUCAGCGGGGCUGUCAUUGAUCUCCGGAGAUGUCAAUCCAGUUGUGAACCUGACGGGAGUUGUAGAAGGGAGCGUGCGCCUGCAUUGCCUGUUCAGUAAAAAUGAGACCAUUGUACGGAUAUACUUCCAGAAGAAGGUUGAGAAUGAAGAGCAAAUCUUUAUCAUUGGGUAUGACAGUAAAAAACCCCUGGAGGUGCCAGAGAAGUACAGGAACAGGUGCAGCAUGGACAAACAGGCUGCCACCAUGGAACUGUCGCAACUCACACUCGCUGAUGAGGGCGUGUACUUCUGCAUUGCUUUUAACAGUGCUUACUGGACUACUCAGACUACAUUUCAUCUCACGGUUACAGCAAACUACACCGUUCCUGAGAUCAGCUCGUGGCGUUGCAGUGAGCCUGGCUUCUCUGGCAGCCUGCCAAGCUGCACGGUCACCUGCUCGUCAUCAGGUGGAUACCCUUGGAGCAACGUGGGAUGGGCUGUGGAUGGCGGAAACCCUGGUGACGUUCUGAGGGUAGCAGGCAACACGAGUGAGCAGGACCCGCACUCCCACCUGUGGAACGUGUCCCAGAAUGCCACGCUGAACUGCACCCGGCCAGUUAACGUCACCUGUGUCGUAGGGGGCUCCAUCUCCUCCCCCAUCACCUUAUGUACCCACCUCCCAUCCUCUGUGGACUGGAGUGUGAUUAUUGCAUCUGUUUUGUUGCUUCUUCUCAUCAUCGUCAUCGCUGCUAUUUGUACAGCGAGGAUGUGCCGGAGACCACAACACCAAGUAGAGCAGGGUGUUGAAAUCUGGCCAUUAAACCCUCCCGCUUUGCGGGGUCAGGCUGGCUGAGGCCGGCCAAUUUCAACCCAGGACAUUCCAAAGUUUCAGAAGAACCGUGAGGUACCAAGGACUCUCACAGUUCUGCAGGUCCACGUGUGUGUGUUAUAUGGAUUACUGAGCGGAUGGACUAUUUUGAGUGACUGGCUGAACAACCCGACAGACAUGAACGUGAUUACAAUGGACUUUUGAAAACAGUGCCAGAGCUGCAUCGUUCGCUGGUUUGAAAUCUGAGCAGGUUUUUUUAACACUGAAAGAUCACUGUAGAAUACUACAGUUUGAGUUGGGUGACCCUGGAAUGAUACAAACAUUUAAGUGGGCACCCAUGUAGUUUCAGACAUACUCAGUACCUGUGCUGCUUCCAGAUUCUUUCAGAUUAUUUUAGCAACCCCAUACACUCCCAUAGCUGCACUGACACGAAGAGAAGCACUUUCAUGAUAACAUGUUAUCAUUACUUUUUUUCAGGGGAAAUAGCUGAAAGUAUAGACUAUGUUUAAAAGACUGAAAGUGUAUUUUUUAUUUGUUUUUGUGUAAAACUUGAAGCUGACGUUCUUUCGAAACAACUGGUUUAAAUGUUGUUUGCUUUCUUUACACCACUGUUAUAUAGUGGUCAUAAUUGAGGCUACAGUUAAUGCCAUUACAAGCUAAGUCACUGAGAGAAGAACAGUGUAGAUGCCUUAAGUUCUGGUUCAGAGUGAGAACAGUCAGGAAACGUUCUUGAGAACAAUUUAACAAACGUAAAAUUUCACAUUCCUAAUGCAGUCCAGAUAAAUUCAUGCGAGUAUUCUAGAAUUCCCUCAAAACGAGAAUUAAGCUUUGAAGACACCAACCUAAUACCUCCUAUAAAUGCACUGUGAAAACAAAAUUUUAACUUUUUUUUCCCCAAACUACAAUAGGUGAGCCAUAUAAUACACUUUCUGGCGUUGGUUUUUAUAUGUUUUUUAAACGGGUAACUUUGACUUGAAUUUUGUAAUACUUAUUCAGAAAUAAAGCUGGUAUUACACUUAAAUUGACCUUCAAAAAUGUAGGAUGUCUAGUUUUCGCCUCUGCUAGGCCACAUCCCUCUUUAGUGCCCAGGAAUAGUCUGCCAAAAUAGAGCAGAUCCUCUUUCCUUGGUAGCACCUUUCCCCCUCAUAGAUGAUACAUAAUAACAUUUGAGAAUAAUAGAACAACAACAAAACAAAAAAACUAUGGGAGAUAGAGAAAUUCUGAAUACAUAUUUGAAUUCAGCUUGCAAAAAAUCCAAAAUAAACAAGUAUUUUACUACAGGAAACAAAACCACAGUAAUACCAACCUAAAUUUUAGACUGGUUUGCCAUAUUCUGUGUGGUUGUCGAGAAGUCUCUAGAAUGUUCUCCUCCAUUCAGAUUGGUUCAUUAGGCUUGUAAGGUUUUGGGUUUUCUGGAAUAUUAUGAAGCCUGUAGCUAGAAUUAGGAUGGUAUUGGUGGUGAGACAGUACAAUUAAGUUGUCGGUGGGGUUUUCUUGGUGUAAAUAAGCAAAUAAGUUGUAUGCAGAUAAGCUCUUUAUAAGAUUCUCAGAAGUUCAUAAAAGUAACGACACAUAUGGUAUCAGGCAAAAUAUUUGAGAACAACAGCCUGAGCUUUUCCAUAUAACAGACAUUUUUUCAUUGAUACGCCAGCAGAUUUGAUAGGUUGUGGCACUGUGAGUCACCUGUCAGCGCUUCGGUGGUAUACAUGUUUUCUCUUCAUUCAUUUCCUUAAGGGAAUAUUUCUUUUCUUUUCCAUUUUCCGUGUUUUAUAAAUAACGGUGGUAUAAUGAUGUUAAGUUAUAUUGACCAUUUUAUAUGAGAUGAGAAUGUGGAUAAGGAUAUUUAAUAAUAAAAAGACCAUAAAAAUGUUUAAAAAACAGCUAAAAUCUUGAACCUUGUGUUUUUUACUUCUCAUUUUGCUGGUCUGUAUCGCCGACUAAUCAAGACUGUUGUACUACGCCACGCUGCUACAGGAAUGUACCAGUAGUUCUGUUCGAGUUCUGUUAAUGUCAUCCAUUUUUCACUCAUGUCAACCCCUAUGACACCCCUAUAAUGCACGGAUAUAGUCAUUAUGCUAACUAAUCACACUCCCUGUUGGGGCCUUCAGAGUAGGUCGGUGAUUUCUCACAGAUGAUUCAGUCCUAUUUUUUAACCACUUGUUCCAAAAGCCAACCUGCCUAAAUGUUGAUUCAGUAUCAGAAUGCUUCAUCAUGAAACCACCAAAGAGCUGUUGGUUUACUCUUGGAAUGCAGUUGGUUUUGUUUGCGUGUGGCUCUACUGUCUGUAAAUGCUUGUUUAUAUGCCUGGAUGUGCAUGGCACCUUGGGUACAAAUUAAAUGUAUCCAGUUCAAUUAUUUUAAUUUCAAUUCAGCUACAUUUUGUAUUGUAUUGUAUAUUUAUAUUUAUUGUAUAUUUAUCUUUCUUCAUGCAGUUUCUCAGACUUGUGCUUUGUAAUUUUAUGUUUGCCAAAUUCCCCUAAGAAUGAGACUGCACCAUAUGUGGAAUUUUCCCUAAAUAUAUGUUUGUCCCUCUGAACACAUUUCUCAUAAAGAAUAUUCUAGAAUAUUCAUUAGGGAAUCCCGGUCAAGAAUUGUAACUGAAUAUGUGUCUUUAAACUGUAAAUAAUCCUGCUUUGUAGUUCUGUAUGAAUAUAUUCAUCUUCUUCUA